GAAUGGUAUCGAAAACCGAUUUCUAGCAAUAGAUUCAUAAAUUACUAUUCUGAACAUCCUACAAGAACAAAAAUAAAAUUAAUUUUGGAACUAAAAAGUCGAGUAAUAAAAAUAUCUCAUCCAACAUAUAGAGAAAAGAGUUUGAAGAGACUAAAAAACAUAUUAAUGGAAAACUCUUAUCCAGUAGGACUACUUAAUAAAUUAAUUUUUAGUACUGCUACCUCUCCAGCUUCCAUCACAUUGAUUGACAAUACCAACAAUAAAAAACCACCCACAGUGAAUAUGGCAAGCCAAGAAAGAAACACUAGCCCAACAAUCGACACCUUAGUACCAACAACACCACAAACAUUUGGAUCUUUACCUUAUAUUCCAUUCUUAACACCAAAACUUCUCAAAUUAUUUAAAGGACUCGAAAACAUAAAAAUUGCUACCAGAAACGUUAAAACUAUAGCACAUUUAUACACCAAAACUAAAGAUCCACUUACGACUAAGGAAAGUUCAAAAGUUGUGUAUCAAAUACCUUGCUCAGACUGCGAUAAGGUUUAUAUAGGAGAAACAUCUCGGACAUUACACAGCAGAAUAAUUUCCCACAGAAGUGAUAUUAAUACAAAAAAAUCGCAAGCUUGUGCAUUAGCAGAUCACUCAAUUAAUCUAAAUCAUACAUUUAAUUUUUCACAAGCGUCAAUCUUAGAGAGGGUGAAAAAUGAACAGAAAAGGUUAUUUGUAGAAAUGACACACAUCCAGAAAAAUAGAAAAUGUAUAAAUAGAAAGUCAGAUAUAGACAAAUUAAGUAACAUUUAUUGUUACAUAUUAGCACAUCAACAAACAUUUGACACAACAUCAUAAUCUGAUUUUCUAUCGUACAUUCCACCAUUAAAAAUUCAUUUUAUGCUGGUAGACACAUUGACUGGACUAAUUUACUUUACAUCAAUCAAAUUAAUAACUGUAAUUAUAAAAAAAAACUAUUGUUACUGGUUUUGCUUUCCUUCUAAAGAAAUGGUAUACACUUCAUACAUGUUGAACAACGAACCAUGGACACAACAUAAUGUAAUAGAUUGACUAAAAUUAUUUAAAUAUUUUAAUAUGUGUGUGAUUGUCCUUCUAGUAAAGUUUCAACUUUUUCAACCAAUCUCAACGACUAAUGUCUUGAAAAAGAAUUAAAUAUAAUUCGAAAGCUUGACAGUAAGUCAAAGAGUUUUCUUUGUCUUGUGGGCCAAAUAAACUGACUGCAUCCUCAAGAGUCACUACUUGAU